AUGGCGAUCUCGCACAACAACCAGAUCCAGAAGAACCACUUCCGCAAGGAUUGGCAGAAGCGCGUGCGCGUGCACUUCAACCAGCCCGGCCGCAAGCACCGUCGUCGUGAAAACCGUAUCGCCAAGGCUGCUGCCGUUGCCCCCCGUCCCGUUGACAAGCUGCGUCCCGUUGUCCGAUGCCCUACCAUCAAGUACAACCGCCGUGUCCGUGCCGGUCGUGGUUUCACCCUGGCUGAGCUCAAGGAGGCUGGCAUCGCCAAGAAGCUCGCCCCCACCGUUGGUAUCGCUGUUGACCACCGCCGCACCAACUACUCCAAGGAGUCCCUUGUUGCCAACGUUGCCCGUCUCAAGGACUACAAGGCCCGCCUGAUCCUCUUCCCCCGCAAGAGCGGUCAGUUCAAGAAGCUCGACUCUUCCGUCGAGGAGGUCAAGGCCGCUAAGGCUGGUGAGGGUCUCACCAAGAACGUCGGUGCUUCCUUCCCCAUCGUCAACCCCGCUUUCGAGCACGCUAUCACUGAGAUCAAGCGUGACUCUCUUCCCGAGGGUGACAAGGCUGCCUACCGCCGCCUGCGUGACGCCCGCGCUGAGGCCCGCCACCGUGGCCAGCGUGAGAAGCGCGCCAAGGUCAAGGCUGAGGAGGAGAAGGACGCUAAGAAAUAA